GAGUAAAUUUGACUUAAUAGAAAUUGAUAAAUAAAUAACAUGUAUCCAAUUAGCUGUUCUGGUACAGGCGUUUUAAUAAGUUUUUUUGUUCUACCACUAACAGAAUGUAUCAUAGACAUGAAUGUGCCUCAGUUUUCUCACAUCGCUAACAGCAUCUCUCAUCAGGAAUGCAUUAAACUCAUAGCAUCACUCCGCUACAACUCCUACGAGAUGCCGUCUUCGUUAACUUCUGUUAAUAGCAACAACAUGAGCUGCGUAUGGCUCUUAAUUGAUUACAGCGACGGAAAGGAAUCCUGGCAGGGUGGAAACAAGACACACGGUGUUAUAGCGCAUAGACUUCGUCAACUUGGCAGGAGCGAUUUAGCUGAUUGGCUGUGUAAAGCUGUUUUCCAUCAACUUGCAAAGGAUAUUAAUGAUACCAUACUCGUAAAUCCAUUUGCCGUGGAUAGUACUCAAAGUGCACUCUGUACAAAAUUACUCAAAGAUAAACUGGUGUUUGUGGGAGCGGAAUGGGAUAUUAUUGAUAUCACCUUAUGGAUGGUUUUAGCGAUUCUGGUGGCGUGGUUAGUUGUCUCGUGCUGUCGUUUGUUGUGUUUAUCUUGUAGAAAAAAGUUAGCGACUAACGAGGAGAUGAUAGCACUGUUAAAGAAAGGUAGCGGGAAUAACAAUUGAUAACAAAACAUAGCAGCUAUCAGAAGUAUUUAAAAGACAUAGUGAUAGUCGAGGUAAAUUAAUUGUGUUAACGAAAACGUGAUUCUGUAUGGAGUGUAAGAUUAUAUGUUAAUAAAUAAGGACUACAAUUAAAUUUUCGAGAUAAGUAAUAUUGUUAGUUGUUUUAGUGAUAUGUACAUAUAUCAAACACAUGAUUGGAUCCUUAACUUUGAGUUGCCUAACAAGUUCCGAGGCUGCGUUCAAGUAUCACCGGGUCCGUUACCGAUAAACCUCAUUAGCUGCUAUGUGGCAGUUCUUAACUUCAUCAACAGAUGAGGGUAUCUGUUAAUAGUUACGUAGCGUACUGUAAUUGUGAAUGUCAGCCAUUGUUUUUAUUAUCUGCCCUUAAUUAGUUAAGGUUACAAGGUUUAUCAAACUGUUACGGCUUUACAGCAAUAAAAUUGAAUC